AUGCUAUCCUGCUUUUCUGGAAAGGUCAACCACACCCUCAGUGAGCAGUUGGAAUUCGACGAUGAAAUGUCUAGAAGGACACUUGCCCUAGAAGCAUGGACAGUGGGGCCCCAUAAGCUCAAGAUUCAAGAUUCAAGACAGAGGCAGUUCCGCGAUCGCCAUUUUGGAUUUUCUGGACCCUUACGCAGUAAUCAGGGAUUGUUUCAGGACCCUUGA